GCAGACUCUCUUCACACCAACACUGACCACUGUCUGCUACAAGGCAGAAAUGAGCUCAGCGGAUCCUCUGCUGGAGGAUCUCCUCGUCGUACAGUUUGCCCGCCGCUAUGGCACAACAGACCUGACGACCGCCGCACAGAAACUCGCAAAAAGUCCUCUCCUGCCAGACGAUGCAAAACACAAGACACCCGAGGCGAUGCAAGCGCAGCUGAAACGGAUUGGUGGACGAGAACAACUUGCGCUGCAUGCAGAUAUGGAUGUAUUGUUUGGCAAGUUACGGAAGCGCAAGAUGGAUGAGUUGAUUAAAGCGAUUCGCGAACAAGAAGUCAUGGCGGAUAAGAUGAGGCAGCAGGCUGCAAAGCCAGCAGAGAUUCAGCCUGCUGCUUUGCCUAGGUCAACGUGUGCAGAGACACAAGCACAGAGGCCACGGUCUACAGGCACUCAGAAGGAAAUCACGGCGCCUGUAGUGAAAGAGGUGCAGGCAAAGCCAACACCCACAGAGGAAGAGGUUGGCUUGGUAGAUGAGAUCAUGAAGGACGUCUCAGAUGGUGAGACAGAGACGGAUGCGCAUACGUCCAGGGAGCCCACUGCUGCUCCUACCGAGGAAUCUGCAAAGAAGGACCCUGCGUCCGUGUCCGUGUCUGUAUCUGUAUCCAAGGAAGCAGAGGAAGUCAAGGAAGAGCCUGCUGCAACAAAAACAGCGGAAAGUGUGGAAGAACAAGCAAAGGAGCCUGUCACUGUCAUGUCAUCUGCUGAGGAAAGCACAGAUGAGCUGUCGGAGGUCGAUAUCGAACAAGUCAAGGAAGAGACUCGUCCUCUGCGGUCAGAAGACAAGGAGACAUCGCAGCCAGCAUCCAAGGCUGUGUCCAAGGCUGGAGACGACUCAACAGCAGAGCCGGAAGAGAUGAAACCAACAGAGACAACUGGCCGAGGCAGGCGGAAACGGUCCGAUACAAUGAACACGUCUGUGAGUGUUGACAGUGCAGCAGCGUCAAAGCGAGGUCGACGCAGGACAACGCUGCCUGCGGUGCCUGUGCUUGAUGCAACACUUAACAUGACAGAGGCCGAGCUGUUGGCCUUUAAAAAGUUCCAGAGUAUCAUUCUACCUGUCCUGACCAAUCUUUCGAGCCACAAGUACGCCAGCUUGUUUGCGCAGGCUGUCUCCGACAAGGAUGCGCCGAAUUACUCCAAGGUUGUGCACCAGCCGACUGAUUUGAAGAUGCUCAAAGCUCAGAUCAAGGCUGGGCAGAUCACAAACACGAACGGCUUUCACAUUGCUGUGCUGCGGAUGCUGAGCAAUGCAGUGAUGUACAACCAGGAGGGCAGUGAGGUGAGCAAGAUGGCGAAGGAGCUGUGUGAGCACUGUGAGAGCGUGAUUGCCAUGUUUCGGUCUGCUGAGUUUGAGCCUGAGCAGGAGGAGACGCGGACGCCGAAGCGGAGGAGGAAGCAGUAGCCGGUGGUACGUAGUCUCUACUACUCUAGCAAUCUCACAGUAGUACUCAGUACUGUA